GCCAAUGCGUUCCUCAGUGUCCACUGGAAAAAAAUGGAGUUACCAAUUACGUAUUGUUUGUGCGGUCAUUCAUACGAUACUGAACAAUUUAUGAUACAAUGUGACAUAUGUAAAGAGUGGUAUCAUGGGGGAUGCGUGGCAGUGAAGGAGUAUAUGUCGAUAGACCUUGAUAAAUAUCAUUGUCCACGUUGUGAGACCGCAUGCGGCCCAUCUCUCAUGAAGGCCAGGAUGAAUUGGCAUCGACACGAUUACUCUGAAAUCGAUGCGGACAGAAAAGCUGUGCAGACAGGAACUCCAGUGUUUAUAAGAGAAUUAAAAUCUCGGCAUUUUCCUAAAGCAGAUGAAGUCGUUAAACAAGUUAGAGGUCAACAACUAACCUUACAAUAUCUACAAACCCAUGGGUUUGAAACUCCAAUCAUUAUCAAUGGCAGGGAUGGACUUGACAUGACUGUACCACCUUCAAAUUUUAGUGUUUACGAUGUGGAAAGCUACAUUGGUGGAGAUCGAGAAAUGGAUGUAAUCGAUGUCACACGACAGAGUAAUAUACGAAUGAGACUUAGAGAUUUUGUUGAGUAUUACAACGAUCCUUCCAGAACGAGGGUUCUAAAUGUCAUAAGUCUUGAAUUUACUAAUACUGGUCUUUCACCAAUGGUCGAAGCGCCUUAUAUCGCGCGCAAACUUGAUUGGGUAAAUUCGGUCUGGCCACGUGAAUGGCCUGAGGAUAGUGAAUUGAAACGGCCUGAAGUGCAAAAGUACUGCCUAAUGGGUGUCAAAGAUAGUUUCACAGACUUUCAUGUUGAUUUUGGCGGAACAUCUGUGUGGUAUCAUGUAUUACGCGGAGAGAAAGUGUUUUAUCUUAUUAAGCCAUCGCCGGCCAAUUUGCAAUUGUAUCAACACUGGAUGUGCAGUUCGACCCAGAGUGAAACUUUCUUUGGAGACCAGGCUGACGCAUGCUACAAAUGCGUCAUUAAACAGGGCCAAACUAUGAUGAUACCGACAGGAUGGAUCCAUGCUGUCCUAACACCCAUCGACUCACUGGUCUUCGGUGGUAACUUUGUACACAGUCUUAACAUUCCUAUGCAAAUACAGGUGUACGAACUGGAGAGAAAAAUGAAGACUCCUGCCAAAUUUCAAUAUCCUGGCUUUGAAACAAUUAAUUGGUUUGCUGCAAAGAAAUUACUCAAAGAACUCAAGGAAUUAAACAAUGAGGAGAAAAAAUGUCCUUCCUAUUUUCUCCAAGGAGUUAAAGCACUACUCAGUAUUUUAAAGCAAUGGAAUACGGAUAAAGAUUACAAUAUGAUAAGUCGCAGUCAAAUACCAAACACCAUUAACAGCCAGAAGUUACUGAAGGAUUUUAGCAAGGAGAUUCGACAUGCAGAGAGAUACUUAAUAUCUCUAAAUCCACCAAAACCUGAACGAGAAAGUAAACGAAAAAAAAAGAAACCCGUAAACAAAGAUUUCGUGGACUAUGAUGUUGCCGAUAAAAUGCCAGAUAAUCCAUUCAAAGCAACAUUAAAUGAACCUAUAAAACAGGAACUCUUUACGACACCUAGUGAUCCUUUAUCUGUAAACACGAACCGUCCUCCAUUGAAAUUAACAUUGCCAAAACCAGUCAUGUAUCCUUAUGUCAGAACGUGUGCUCUUCCGAAAGAAACGGCCGUUGAAAACAAACGUGUGUCAAAACCUGGAAAGCAAAGUCCUACCGUUAUUAGAUUCAAACUUGGAGACAACGAAGUGGUUAGAAGUACGAAUGAUAAUAUAAACAAUUGUAGUAACUUUUCUAUCGAUCACAGUGUUGAAACGCCAAAAGAAUUUACGUGGAAACAAACCUCAAUUUAUGAUUUCCAUGAUGGAAGUAACGAGAGUGAUUAUGGAGGUUUCACUAUAGACGAGUCUCCGAAAAGAAAGAAAACUUCUAAAUCACCUGCGCAGAAGAAAUUCAAAAAAGACUUUAAAGGUGACAUCGAUGUUUUGAGCGACGUACCUAAAAAUGGCAUCGAAGAAUUAUUGAAAGCAUCAGCUUACACAUUGGGUACUGCGGCACAACGUCUAGAAAUUCCGCCUCCAACGGUGGUGCCACCUUUCACCCAACCAGUUCCUCCACCUACAGGUAGUUAUAAAUUGAAAACGGCCAGUUCUGGCAGGGACUCACCGUCGACAAGAGAGGCAAUUGCUGGGAUGCUGUCCUUCAGUGAACAAUGCUACUCAACAACAUCGGACAGUCCAACGAAGUCUGCUAAAUCUGUCAAGUCAGAUUCGGAAGACGAAGACGAUCAGCUGAUAGAAAACAUUGACAAGGUUCAUCAGGAUGACGAUUUUAUAUAUCCAGCUUUGGAUGCAUCGGAUGAGGAGGAGUAUAUAUUUAAGCCUCGAGGAAAAAGACGCGUCGACGAAGCUUGGAAUCCUAAGGCCAGGGUAGGACCUCUUCUUCCAAAAACAAACAGACCCGCUCGUGAAGGGACGAAAAAGACUUCGGUUGAAAAGGGACUCGAAGCGGCUGCAGCUAAACGAGCUAAGCAACCUUGUUCAGCGAAGAGGACGUACAACAAACGCAAGCAGAAGAAUCCACCAUUGGCAUCUCCUGUUGCUACGGCAGCUGUACCAGUUGAUAACAUUGUUAAAAGCACGGGCGGAUACGGAUCGAUCCUAACAAGUCCAAAUAGGCUAAAGGAUGUUAAAGCAAAACUUGCUGCACCUGUUCCAGUCGAACGCAAACCGAAAAAAGGUAUGAAAACGGCGAAGCAGCGGUUGGGAAAGAUCUUGAAACUUCACAAAAUGAUGCAUUAAUCAUUUUAACGGGGUAAGGAGGAAAGAACAAAUUAAGAAAGGAUACAUCACUCGAAUCUGUAUAAAGAACAGUAUGUAAUAGGUGUACAUUACAGUGUAAAUAUACCGUAUUACCGACUAAUUCGUUCGCGGAGAGCUGCCCGAGUGGAUAAGUAAUUUCUAAGGUGUAGAGAAAGUCUUUUUUUUAUAAAAUAAUUUCUAUUUAUUACUCGUGUCAUAUACGUUUGCCAAUGGCACGACGUGUGGCAAUCAAACAGCUCAGUAUUCCGAUUGACUGACGGUACAGGGAGUUUUGCGUGAAACACGCACCUGUCGCAAUUAAAUUUUAUAAAAAAGCACACGUUACUGUAACCUAGCAAUUUUCAAGUUCCAGCUGCUUUUUUUUUUUAACUAUACUACGAAUUAUAGUUGCAUCUCCUGGGUCGGAUGUAGUAUCGAUCGAAAGGAGUAUAAGGCCUUUCCACUUAAUUUAUAAUCCUCACAAUCGUUGCAUGGUUCCAUGGUGUCUUGAGAAUCAGGGAAACUUUAAAAAAUAGAGGAAAUGCAAAUUUAUGCAUAUAAUGCACAGCUAAGCUGAGAUGAUAAUGUUACUUGAAAUAAGCCAGUUGUCUUUAUCGUAUAAGAAUUUUAACGAUAUAUUAAGGCCGUGUGAAAUGUGUUACAUCACCCUAAAACCUUGAUUUUUAAAUACUGUAUUACAGUCGCUCGAAGAGUAAGAUAUAUAUAUAUAUAUUUGCUGGGUUAAUAAUUGCAACGCUGACGACUCGUCCUUCCUUAACCCUGGACACUUUGUUUUGGAUGCUUUACUUAUUACGUAGCGAUACUAUUAAUACGGUGGUAUAAUCACGCAAAAAUUUUCCUGGCUAUUUCACACUGCCCUAAUUGAAUAAACUAAUAGAAGAUAGGCUGACAGAGGAGAUUGAUUAGCUGUCGUGUCAAAAGAUGUUAUCCCCGGUUUCACUGGACACUAUGGGUUUGGUUAAAAGCGUAAUAAAUUAAAGGGCGGUUCUCUGGUGAUGGAAUCUCACGAAUAAUUAUUUAUCGCUUUCAAAUAUACUUCAAGGAGUGCGUAUCAGGAAACUCAGUUUUCAAGUUAAAAGUCAGAAAAAAUGUAUUCGGUAUAAGCAGUUGACUUUGUUUUCGAUGAUGGCACAUUUACUGGUUAAAUUUGAUCCACUUACUCUCACUAUAUAACAUACGCAGCACUUAAGUUUAAUUUUACAAUCGAAGAUGUUAUCAUUUUAUUGCAAACACACUAUAAAAAAAAAAGAAUUAGUAAUUCUCUGCUAGUUCCAUUUCUAAGAAAGGUUUAAUUUUAUUUACGACUACUUAAUGCUUUAGCUAUAUUACGUGUAACUGAUAAUUGCUAACUUGUAAACUCAACAGUUUGUUGAAACGAACUCCAAGAAUGCCAUGCUGUAGUGAAACGUAAGAAAUCUGUUAAGUUGUCCGUAGGCUGUAGAGAGGCUGUAGAAAUUAUACCUUUAUUUUCGAGACUUUAAAUCCGAAUAUAUGGGUUUUUGUAAUUAGUCUCUUUUCAUUCUUUAAUUAAAUUGUACAUAACUUAUCUGGUGUAAAUCAUAGUCGUAGGCAUGUUUUGUGCGUUUCACUCACGUUACUGGAGGCACUAAUAUAUUUUAGGAAAUUUAGACGUGGAUUGAAUCUUCUUCUUUUUUUUACUUUGAAAGUCCUAACUUAUUAAAAAUCGGUUUAUUACUCCAUUUACACGUUGCGCUUCUUACGCUUCGUACGAGUAAUUUACGCUAUUUAUAAUAGGUCAUGAAAGCUCCGAGUAGUCGAGAUAGUCUUAAUAUCAUUGUCAUCAACAGUACUGUGCAGUACAUGUACAUUAACGAGGAAUGCGUUGAGAAUGUGAGAUUUUAUAUUCGCGAUGUGACAUGGCGAAGAAAGCUUCUCCGCAUUCGUUCGAUACGUUGCAAUUUAUUUCGAGUAGAACUAUUGAAUAAUUUUACGCGUUUAAAUAUACAAAAAAAUAUAUAUAUAAUAAAUAUAAAUAUAAAUACACACACACAUACACACAGAAACUUAAUAUAAAGAAAAAGGUUGUGAAGCGCGUAUCGCUCUUACUAUUGCAGUUAUUAUUUUUUAAUAAUUAGAUCACGCGGGGCUCCGAGUAAAAUAUAGCCACGCCGACGUGAAUCUAUUAGUAGACACUCGAUAACUUUUGUCGACGUAUAAAUAGUUAACUUCGUUUUUUCGUGGAAACUUUUAAAAACUUUUCGAGCUCUUUUUUACAGAAUAUGGAUAUGCAUUUUUUCCUGACAACAGACUUCAUUUAUUCGUGCUGUUUUUACCACAUUGGCACUUUUCUUACAUACAACUUUACGCGAAUUUCCGUAAAUUAAGAAAAUUACAGAAUACAUUGAACAACGUUACACUGUACAUUUAACAAUUGUACGCAUAAACAACGAAAGAAUAUGUCGGA